GUGUCUGGCCAUGGCUCGCACGAAGCAGACGGCGCGCAAGUCGACCGGCGGCAAGGCCCCGCGCAAGCAGCUGGCCACCAAGGCGGCCCGCAAGAGCGCGCCGGCCACGGGCGGCGUGAAGAAGCCGCACCGCUACCGGCCCGGCACGGUGGCCCUGCGCGAGAUCCGGCGCUACCAGAAGUCCACCGAGCUGCUGAUCCGCAAGCUGCCGUUCCAGCGGCUGGUGCGCGAGAUCGCGCAGGACUUCAAGACCGACCUGCGCUUCCAGAGCUCGGCCGUCAUGGCGCUGCAGGAGGCGUGCGAGGCCUACCUGGUGGGGCUCUUCGAGGACACCAACCUCUGCGCCAUCCACGCCAAGCGCGUCACCAUCAUGCCCAAGGACAUCCAGCUGGCGCGCCGCAUCCGCGGCGAGAGGGCUGAGGAAGAACCUGUCAUACGUUGUGCGUUGUUCUGCAAAGCUGGCUGGCUGGAGCUGUCCCGGUCCUACAAGGUGGCCUGUUCCUCCAGGCAGCCCUGCGGAGAGGCCCAUAUGACGAAAGAAGACCUUCUCCAACAGCCCAUGAAGACUCACCCGAUGGACUGCACUAGUCUAGAUGAGGGCACUGCAGUCGCUGCGCUGGAGGGGGGCUGCUCGAUGCCGGCAGCUGCAAGUCACUGCUGCGAGCAAAGCUCAGAGACAGAAAACCAUCAAGGCUCGGCCCCGAAACACGACAACCCUCCGGCCGGGGUCAGGCCCGAGCGCGGCGGGAACUUUCCAGGAAGCAUCGGGUUUCAGCCUAGGAGUUUAAUCACCGCCCUUCGCAUCUGUCCUGAAAGCGUGGGCCGGCCUCUGGCUCGGGACCUCCCUGAGCGGAUACAGCUAGCCUGCGCUGUUCCCAAACAGGGCGGGAAGGGUCUGGGCAAGGGGGGCGCCAAGCGCCACCGCAAAGUGCUGCGCGACAACAUCCAGGGCAUCACCAAGCCCGCCAUUCGGCGGCUGGCCCGGCGCGGCGGCGUCAAGCGCAUCUCCGGCCUCAUCUACGAGGAGACCCGCGGGGUGCUCAAGGUGUUCCUGGAGAACGUGAUUCGCGACGCCGUCACCUACACGGAGCACGCCAAGCGCAAGACGGUCACGGCCAUGGACGUGGUCUACGCGCUCAAGCGCCAGGGCCGCACACUCUACGGCUUCGGGGUACCGGGACCGCGGCUUUGCCCUCUUGCAGCUCUAAGUUGUUACCUCUUCUUCGUUAUGGCUCGCACGAAGCAGACGGCGCGCAAGUCGACCGGCGGCAAGGCCCCGCGCAAGCAGCUGGCCACCAAGGCGGCCCGCAAGAGCGCGCCGGCCACGGGCGGCGUGAAGAAGCCGCACCGCUACCGGCCCGGCACGGUGGCCCUGCGCGAGAUCCGGCGCUACCAGAAGUCCACCGAGCUGCUGAUCCGCAAGCUGCCGUUCCAGCGGCUGGUGCGCGAGAUCGCGCAGGACUUCAAGACCGACCUGCGCUUCCAGAGCUCGGCCGUCAUGGCGCUGCAGGAGGCGUGCGAGGCCUACCUGGUGGGGCUCUUCGAGGACACCAACCUCUGCGCCAUCCACGCCAAGCGCGUCACCAUCAUGCCCAAGGACAUCCAGCUGGCGCGCCGCAUCCGUGGGGAGAGGGCGUAAUUUUUAAUGUUCUGA